AUGUCGAAUCUCUCGGUUAACAGAGUGGCUGUCAUUGGCGCUGGCAUCAGUGGUGUUGUGUCUGCUGCCCAUCUUCUCGCAGCUGGGGUGAAAGUCACUGUCUUCGAGAGGAACAAGGCAGCAGGAGGAGUAUGGCUCUACGACGAACGACUACCAAUCGAGCCCGUGUAUCCGUCUACGAAGCCAUCUGCAGGAGAACGGCCUGGGGAGGCUCCCCGAGGAAACGAGAAACGUAUCCUCGAACAUUCACCACCGGGACCAUGCUACGAGGGCCUCACGAACAAUGUCGCUACAUCUCUCAUGCGUGUGAAACUCAAUGCAUGGCCGGAAGGGACCCCAGAAUUUGUAGGCCACCGUGUGAUGAACCAGUACAUCCAGGACACAUCGAAGAAAUGUGGAGUCGAUGGAGUGACGGUUUAUGGGGCUCGAGUGGCCGACGUUAGCAAAUACGGUCCGAAAUGGCAAGUAACAUGGUCAACUAUACAAGAAGACCCCGAGUCGGGUGAGAUACGAGAGCAUUUUGACACUUCGGAUUUCGACGCAGUAGUCGUUGCGUCUGGCCAUUAUCACGCACCUCGCAUUCCGGAUAUUCCAGGUCUCGCUGAAUCCAAGACGAAAUGGCCUGCCAGGAUCCAACAUUCGAAGGCGUACAGGAAACCAGAGGGUUUCGAGGGCAAGGAUGUUCUCCUCAUCGGAGGAGGAGUCUCCGCAGCAGAUAUAGCCGGUGAAAUAAGUUCGGUAGCCAAAGAUAUAUACCAAAGCACACGGAAUGGGUCCUUUGACCUACCAGCAAGUGUUCUGCCGGAGAACGGGGUGAGGAUCAGUGAAAUUGCUUCCUUCGAACUGCAGCACAGCCAACGUGCCUCCGAGUCUCUCCCAGUUAAUGAGCCCUUGCCGUUAAUCGUGCACCUCAAAUCAGGACAGAAACUGUGUGGAAUCCACCGGAUCAUCGUCUGUACCGGAUACCACAUCACCCUUCCUUUCCUUCGCGAGUACCACGAGGAUGACACUCCUCCGGAAAAGGCCAGUGACACAGUAAUCGUCACUGACGGCACGAUGGCCCACAACUUGCACAAAGAUAUAUUCUACAUCCCUGACCCCACACUUGCUUUCGUCGGGGUCCCGUAUUAUACGGCCACGUUCACUCUCUUUGAGUUCCAGGCCAUUGUCGUGGCAGCAGUAUUCUCGGGGGUCGUCCAAAUACCGACGGAGAGCAGCAUGAGAGAGGAAUAUACGGAGCGAGUGCAACAGCAUGGGGCUGGGCGAGAAUUCAACUCGCUGAAGGAUAAGGAGGAGAUCUAUGUCCAGGAUAUCCUGCGCUGGAUCAACAGCGAUCGAGCAGGGCAGGGGUUGCCACCGAUCGAGGGACACACUGAUGCCUGGCUCAAAGCCAAGGAGAAGCAGAAAGAACGGUUCCGGCUUAGAUUUGCAGGGAACGGACAGGACUCCAAGGUUCCUGUCCUCCCGGCCUGUGCCUGA